GGCAAAAAAGGGUCCUUUCAAUCUCUCCCUACCUGUCCAACGUGGCAGUUGUCAUCUCUUGCAGAAAAAUUCCUCCCGGCGAGCUUGAGCUUCGCUUCAAUUCAUGGCGUUUCCUGCACCAUCUUCAGCAUCUUAUCUUCGAGGCCUCCACAGCAGCCAUACCUUCUCCUCUAAAUUCCCCUACCACCCCAUGUUUCCUGCCAAGAAAUCUCCAUUCGUCGUGGCUAUGGCUUCUAAAAGAAAGGUGAACAAGUACGAUGAGAAUUGGAAGAAAGACUGGUUCGGGCCGGGAAUAUUCUACGAAGGAAGCGAGGAGGUGGAAGUGGACGUGUUCAAGAAGCUGGAGAAGAGGAAAGUGCUGAGCAAUGUGGAGAAGGCAGGAUUGCUGUCGAAGGCGGAGGAGCUAGGGUUUACGCUCUCCUCGAUCGAGAAGUUGGGGGUGUUCUCCAAGGCGGAGGAGCUCGGAUUGCUGAGCUUGCUGGAGAAGGCUGCUGGAUUUUCUCCGUCAGUGCUGGCAUCGGCGGCGCUUCCGGCGUUGGUGGCGGCCGUGGCAGCGAUAGUUCUGAUCCCCGAUGACUCGGCGGGGCUGGUGGCGGUUCAGGCAAUCGUGGCUGCUGCACUUGGGGUCGGGGCCGUUGGCUUGUUUGUUGGGUCCGUUGUGCUUGGCGGGUUGCAAGAGGCUGAUUAGUGAAAAUUACAAAGACAAGUGUAUCAGAAAAAUUAUCCAAAAAACAAAACAUAAACAUAAACAUAAAUAAACCUAUUUGUGAAGUUUAA